CAAAGCUGGAUUCACCGAGCGAUUUCUAUUGCUAGGCGUCCUUAUACGUGGUGGUAGAGCAUCUGCACAAUCAUCGCACGUGCCUCUUUCAGCACACGCAGCAAAAAUGCGCUUGGCGCUGCCUGCACUGCUCUGCAGCACAGCUGCGGCAUUGCUCGCACCCGCGACGCCGUCGCGGCGCACCGUAAAACUGAAUGGCUUCUUCGACGACAUGAUGGACAAGUUUGUGGUCUCCGAGAACGACGAGAGCAAGCAAAACCCGCCACCGCCAGAGCCAGAAAAAGACGACAGAGACGUCGCCGAGAAGCUCUUCGGCUUCUUUUUUGGGGAGGUGGAAGAUGCGCCCAUGGGUUUGACGCGCAUGUCUGUAGAUACGCAGCCCGACCAGUACACGGCGGAGACGUCUGGUAAUUCCAAUCCAGCAGUAGCUGGUGAUGACGCUGAUUUGAAGGCGUGGGUUAGACCUGUCUUAUUACAAACGAUGCUCGCGAAACUCCCGAUGUACGAGGUCUACGACUCGAACCAGGACGGCUGGACGCCGCAAGCGUUCCACGACGCCGUGGACCGGCGAGGCCCCGGUGUGGUCCUCGCCACCUCGACGGACGGCCAGAAAUUUGGUGGAUAUAAUUCCAAAGGCUGGGUUGGAUUAGGAGAGAACCGCGCCGGCCUGUCGAACUUUCUGUUCGCGUGGAGACGUGAUGGCGGCUUCGACAAGCUGCCCAAAGUUGGGGGUGCUGGUAUGGGAGUCGUGGACAAGCCGGAGACGGGCCCGUAUUUCGGCCCCGAGGGUUUGACGAUUCCCCUCUUCUCGAAGAGUCCGAGGCGGGCGCGCUGCAAGCUCGGGCCGUACUACCAGCGCAUGCCGUCCGGUGGGAACUCCAUGUUCGAAGGUGGCGCGGGCGAGGUGGCCCUGACACGGCUCCAGGUCUUCGUCGGCGACUGGGGCGGCGAGCCGAUUCCCUUUGAUGACGCGAUCCCGUUUAGUCUGACGUGAGGAG